AUGAAAUUUAUUUUCAACUUUUUGCUUUUUUCCUGCAAGGGAUUCUUGGUUCGACGAAGUCUUAGCCAUCAGAAUUUCAUGGAUAUUGAAUCGGCUGAAGUCAACAGACAGCUUUUGGUCGCCCAAUACACUGCCGGAAACAUCGAGGAUGAGCUCUACAACAAUAUUUACGAUACGAUAAAAAUGAGCCCGCAUUCGCAAAUGAGACAUGUUCGGGCCGCAUUCACUGAGCCUCAUUUCACUGAGCCACAUCUUCAUCACUGGAGACGAUUUGAGUAA